CUUCUUCAAUCGAUAAUAAAUGGCGUCAACGAAGAAGAUCACUUUGAAAAGUUCCGAUGGCGAGGCGUUUGAGGUUGACGAGGCAGUGGCUCUCGAAUCGCAGACGAUCAAGCACAUGAUCGAAGACGAUUGCGCUGACAGUGGAAUUCCUCUUCCAAACGUCACCAGCAAGAUCCUUGCGAAGGUGAUUGAGUAUUGCAAGAAGCACGUCGAUGCUGCUGCUUCCGAGGAGAAGCCAUCCGAGAAGAAUCUUCAGAUGUGGGAUGCUGAAUUCGUUAAGGUCGAUCAGGCCACGCUCUUCGAUCUCAUUCUGGCUGCAAACUACUUGAACAUCAAGAGCCUCUUGGACCUUACUUGCCAGACAGUGGCAGACAUGAUCAAGGGCAAGACUCCGGAGGAGAUUCGCAAGACUUUCAAUAUCAAGAACGACUUCACGCCGGAGGAGGAGGAGGAGGUCCGCCGUGAAAACCAGUGGGCGUUUGAAUGAUGAUGAUCCGCUGCUUCUCCUGCUGCAUGCUUAGCUUCUGAGAUUG